AAGGUGGGGGAGCAGGGAGGAGGGAGAAACUUAGCUAUUAGUGUGGCAGGGUCAUGAAGAAGAGGCGGCGGUGGGAGAGAGGAGGCGGCGGCGGGGGCCUGAAACUGCGGUAGCUGCCCGCUGGGCUGGUGGUGCGGCCUUGUGGGGAGGGAAGUCGUUCCUAGCCCCUUCGGGCUGGGGUCGGGGCUCGGGGCUGAGAGCGGCCGUGGGGCCGCCUCCCCGGGCCCCCUGGCUCCGCCAUGAUCCGCAGGGCACGCCUUAGUGUGAAGCCGAAUGUCAGGCCGGGUGGAGGUGCCAGGGGCUCCAGCGCCCCUGUGCUUCAGCGUGGACAGGAGUCUCCCAGGCCGCCGGAGCCUGCAGCGCCCUCUGCCCCGAAGCCAGCGGAGCCCACGGAUGUGCCUGCGGUGGAUUCUGGGGGAGCGGAGCCCCCAGAAAAGGCUCCCAAGAGCAGUGAUGAAAAGAUUGGUGGUGGUAAUGGUGUUGAAGAAUCCAGUAAAUCUCCCUCUACUGUUUCACAGAGAAGAAAGCGAGUGUCAAGUACUUCUAGUCUGGCUAAACCCAGUGUCAGUGUUCCUUCAGAAUCUCCUCCCAUAGCCACAGCUGUUCAGGAUGCUCCACAGCCGAACCCCGUUCCAACGAAAGAGAAACAGCCGUGCUCAGACAGAUACCGAAUAUACAAAGCCCAGAAACUGAGGGAAAUGUUGAAAGAAGAGUUGAGAAAAGAGAAGAAACAGUGGAAAAACAAAUAUGCCCUAAAUGAAAGUCAGAGACCACUAGAUCGUUCAAAAAUGACUAUGAGAGACUUCAUAUAUUACCUACCAGAUAACAAUCCAAUGACUUCUUCAUUGGAACAAGAAAGGAAAACUGAAAAAUUACUGCCAUCAGUCCAAACAAAAGAGCCAGAGAGUAAGAAUACUCCUGAUGCUGAAGGUAACGAAGAACUGGAAGAAGAGACAGAUGAUGGGCCGUUGCUGGUCCCACGAGUGAAAGUGGCAGAAGAUGGUUCUAUCAUUUUGGAUGAAGAAAGUUUGACUGUAGAAGUUUUAAGGACAAAAGGCCCCUGUGUCGUUGAGGAAAAUGACCCUAUAUUUGAACGUGGUUCUACAACUACAUAUUCCAGCUUUAGGAAAAACUAUUACUCUAAACCAUGGUCAAAUAAAGAAACGGAUAUGUUUUUUUUAGCCAUCAGCAUGGUAGGAACUGACUUUUCUAUGAUUGGACAGCUUUUUCCCCACAGAGCAAGAAUAGAAAUUAAGAAUAAAUUUAAACGUGAAGAGAAAACAAAUGGAUGGAGAAUAGAUAAAGCCUUCCAGGAAAAGCGCCCUUUUGACUUCGAUUUUUUUGCUCAUUUGCUUCAGAAAGUUCUUGCUGAAGAAGAGAAAAGAAAACAAAAAUCCGUUAAAAACAACAGUUUAAAGGAAAAGAAAGCUUCCAAACCACGGAAAAAUGUAAAAGUGAAAAAAGUUGCCAAUGAAGGAGUGAUUGAUGAACCAGAGGAGGAACCAGAGGAGUCAAUGAGUACUUCAGUUUAG